UCUUGGCACUGUUGCAACACAACUGGACAAAAGAGUCCAGAGUCUGCAAAAGGAAUUCAUGCUGAAGAACCUAAGUAUUCAAAAUGUCCCCAACUGGGGAAAAUACGGAGAAUUACUGUAGAGCAGUGGAACUCUCUUGAGUUUUGCACACAAGAUGUCAGUUGGAAACCUACAUGUUCCUGACACUGAAGAACUCAACUAGCAGGUGGUGCAUGACUUAGGAAAUGUGUAGAAAUGACAUCUGGAUAAAGUGUUUGAAUUCUUAGGAAGUAGUUUGGGUUGGGGGAGGUACAGGUUGAUUUUGAUGUAACUUCCUCUAAGUGGCAACAUUCCUUACCAGUUCUUACCGAAAAGCAGACUCUAGCUUCUCACCUUCUGGACUGAAAUGGGAAGGAAUUUUUACUUCUGAGUGCUUGACUAUUAUCACUGGACAAAAACUAUGGGUUUUUUAGGUAUUGAUCUUGCUUUCAGAAAUAUUUUUUUAGUUGAUGUUUUAACAUGGUUCUGUACAUGCUCAGUGAUACAGAGAGAGGUGGGGAAGAACUAGAUGCACCAGUAUCUGAAGGAUGAUAGACUUUUAACUUUAGUAUCUGUGUUAAAAAACUCUUUACACAAGCUCAGGGUGGUGUUGGUCAUGUAAAGUUCUGAGCUAAUUACAUGCAUUUAGUACCUGAUUGUACUAAACAAAGUAAUAGAAAUAAGUGUUUAACACAGUAAAAGACAACUAAUUUUGGAGUCAGUCUGAUAAGUGAAGAGCUAAGUUGGGAACAAGUUGUGUGACAGGAGCACUUAACUUGCAUUUUCUUACCUGAGAGUAGAUGGGGGACAAAUACCCCUCACUUAGGGUCUUUGUACCUUUACUUCCCUUUUCCAUUUACAGUAGUUUUGUUUGCUUCCCAUUUGACACUUCUUCUUUAGCUAAGGAGAGCUAAAAGAUUAAAACAAGUUUUGCAUUGUUUUUGAAUUGAAAAAAAUGAAGACUUUAAAAUUUAUGCAUGACUUAGUAGGGCAGGACAGAUAGCCCUGUGCUGUUACUGUUGGUGGUGAGAAUGCAAAGAGAAGGAAAAGGUGCCCUGUUGCAAUUAGUAGUUAAUUUCCUGUUACUUGCUGACAAGGCUUGAGUAUUUGCACAAAAAGCAGGCUGUAUCUUUGAAGAAGUUUGAAAAGGAGAUAGGAAGAAGCCUUAAGGUAAACAAACUUCUGUCUCUGGAGUAUAACUUAAUUCCUUAUUUAUUCUUUGAGUACUUAUUGUUCGUCUUGAAUGAUUCAGCAGAAGUGAACGCAUCAGCUUCCUUCAGAAUUACAUGAGAGAAGUUGGCAGGUGUAUAAUAACCCCAAAUCCUGUCUGCUUGUGUGGAGAAUAAUUAUAAAAGAUCUUACAGUAGAGGACCCAUAACUUUUGAAUUCAAGUUUUCAUUGCAAAAAUGGGUAUUAUUCAGAUUGGAAAUGCCACCUUGUCUAGGCCCCCAAAAAUAUAGUCUUGAGUCAGACACAUCACUAAGCUUUCCUCUAAAACAGUUGCAGUGACAGUCUGUGCAAGUAGACCUUGGCUGGUGUGGGCUGAAGAAGCAGCUUGGGGAAUAUUUGGAGACUUACCAGAUGUUAACUACCUUUAGUUAGAGGCGGGUGAGUCUGCUGGGGCUGUGUAACCUCUGCAAGGAGAGGUGAUCUGCAGAGGCUUUGCUAGGCAGCAUUUCCUGCUUUAUAGGGAAAUGUAACUCAGGUUUCAUCUCUUCAUAGUAAUAAAAAUGUCAGUUGAGUUUCUUUUGAAGCACUGGGAGGGGAUGAGCGGGGGAGGAGAAAUCCAGUAAACUGAACAGAAAGAUUGCAAACGUUCCCAGGCACUGCCAGCUGGCUAUAGAUUUUUCUUGGCUCUUGUUGCAAGCCCUCUUGAACUAUAUGAUAUGCAAAGGCUCAUGAUGGCCCCAUAAGCAAAUACUUUGAGGGAAAGGAUAACGCUGUCAAAGCUCUAUGGCUUUUACAUCAAUUAAGCUACAAGGAGAGGUGAAUUUUUGUGGCAUAAAAAUACAAGGCUGUGUGUUUGCAAAAGACUUUCUUCUUAGUUUACCUCUAUUUACAGACUCCCUCGUGUGUUUGUGUCAGUUAUACAGUUAGACAACUCCCUCUGUCCCUUGACAAGCAUCCUAAGUGCGUGCCUGCAAUCUGGAAAGUCGGUUUGAUGCCAUCUGGUCAAGUGUUAAUGAGGAUGCUGGAAUGCUGGUGUCAAAUGUUACCAUAACCUAAGCAAACUCCAUGUGAGAUGAUGCUAGACUUUUCCUAACUUUUCAUAUGCUGGCACAGUUGAACUCUGAACAUGUGAUUGAUCACAAGUUUUAUCAGCUGCUCUGGGUGGUGGGGCAUUCUGUACCACGACUGCAGCAGUAAUAUGUGGGUAGUACCAACAUGCAAAGACAGUAAUAUACUGAAGUUCUUUCUUCUAGUAGCUCCAAAUGAAGAGCAAGGGCUUUACAUCUGUUAAUUGCUCAUGAGACUUUCACCUGAUCUUAAAGCUUCAAUUAUUUAUUUCAUAUAAAUCAUUUCACAAUGUCUUCAAAUAUUUUUGCCUCUGAGGAGGACUGAUCCCUGGUGAUUUUUCUUUGAAAAGGUGUAUAGAUGUGUUACAAUUGUAGUGUAACAGAACUUGCUGGAAGUUUUGAGUGGUAAGUGCUUGACCUAUCUUGUAUUAAUAGGGCAACUUGAUAUAUGAUUACAUGAUACAUGAUAUAUGAUACAUGUCUGAGUAGCCCCUCUUGAGUGUAAGUGGGAACAACUGGUGAGUUUCAGUGUAUGAUUUCGUGUCAAGCAGUGUUCAAAGGAAAUGCUAUCACUCCUACAUUGUGGACUGAAAUAAUCAAUUUCGUAUUCCUUUGUUUUUCCUGAAUUUUCCAAGUGAUAGGGUUGAGUUUGAUUCUCAAUUAUGUCAGAAGGUCAGAGCAAUGCUGAAAAGCUACACCUGUUCCAGUUUGUGGGAUGUCCUAUCUAGGCCACUGGAUGUUUAUCAGAAUGACAGAAAAAAAUAUAGCAAUUACCGAAAGUUAUGAAGCCUCAUAAAAUGAAGGCUGGUGCUGAGGCUGAGGGAGUGUGAGUUUGCCUGUCUCCAGUAGGGGCUGACUGCAGCACUGAUCAGUGUGAGUAUUUCACUGCUGUUUAACCAAGUGCCUUUGUCCUGUCUGCCCCUUGCUGCCUGCCUUGCAGUGCUCCUGUGAACAUCUAUGUACUAGUGCUCUGUUCCCUACAGAGAUUAAUACAAGUAAAUAGAGGAUCUUAUUUAUGUAUUGUCAUCAAGAGGAGAAAGUUUGUUGGAUUUGUUAAGUCUAUGAGUUCAUGUAUUCCCUCUUUUACCUUCCAGUUACUCUUGUUUUCAGGAAAAUCAUUCUUAAGCUUAGUGUCAUGCAGUUGCUAUUUGGUGUUGUUAAAUGAUUAAUAGCCAAUGUUUCUAAUUAUUGUAUUAGAUUGAGUUAACAUGUGUGGCUCCAUUGUGUUCUGCCCCUGGAGCAGCAAAAAUAGAAUUAAAUCCAAGCACUGAGGAGAGUAUUCCAGUUUUAGAGACAACUAAUAGAAAAAGCACAAUUGCUGCAGUGAAUGCUGCAUAAAAAUUCUUAUACAAAAAAAAAAUAGUUCAACAUCACUAAUGAAGUAGAAGGCCAGGUUUUACACAGUUGCAAACAAAGGUAAUAAUGUACUGGUGUGACCACACUGAUCUUUCCCAUACAUCUCAUGCACUGCACAGAAGAGGUGGGAAGAGAGCUUCUGCUCUCUGUGCCCAGAGAGGGCAGACGUGCUGGGGCAGUGCUAAGAUGUUCAGAUGGCAGAUGGAUAUCUUCACAGGGACAGAUCUGCAGGCUGUGUUUUACCAGGACUGUCUUAACGCUUAAUAAAGUUGUUUCCUAUUUUCUUGGCUAAACAGAUACUGUUCUGUGAAGCAAAGGGAAUAGGAGACAUCAUUGUUCUGUCCUGAGAGCAGAGGAGGGGUUGCACUUGGCGUGUUUGUGUGCAUGUCUGUCUGUGGAGGAGUCCUGUAUCUGCUGUAUCUUCUUGCCACUUUUUGGAGUUUCUUGGGGGUGCCCUGGGAGGCCUGAUAACAGUUGCUUAGUGAGGCAGCUCUUAGUUUCAAUAACUAGAAUAGCAUUUGUGAUAGCCUGCAAUAAACUGAGUUGCUGCAACUGAUCUCAGAUACGGAUUUUUUAAAGAGUUUGGGUAUUGGAAAUUUUCAUCCUUUGGAAAAAUCUGAUUGGGAAAUGCUGUUUGGAUGCUUUGCUAAACCAAAGGGAAAAUCAGAGCCUUGUCAUCUUCUCUUAAGAUUUUUAAAUAACCAUUGUGUUCUAAAUAGGUAUUGUGUUUAAUCCUCUUACAGAUACAAAGAUAAUGCCAACUGACUAUGCAAAGUAUAGAAAAAUUUUCCUGGAUGCUCCUAGAAUGUAUUAGUGGGUUUUUUUUCGGUUUUCUAAAAACUUUUUAUUGUCCUUUUACAACCAAUUGGAUUUUAUCUGCGUGGUUUUGGUUUGGUUUGAAUCCAAGAAUUCUGCUUGUAGUUGUGUCAGUGUGGUAUUUAACCUGAAUUUAAAGGCUGAAGAAAAGCUGUGUAGUGGGUGAAGCUGAAGUAGCUGGCCUAACUGGUGUCUUGCUGUAUGAAACAGAAUGGUUUGGGUUUCAAGGGACCUUAAGGAUAAUCUACUGUAGCCCUCCCUGCUGUGGGCAAGGACACCUUCCUCUAGAUAAGGUUGUUUAAAGCCCCAUCCUACCUGGCCUUGAGCAUCUCCAGGGAUGGCGCAUCCACAGCUUCUCUGGAAAGCCUGUUUCAGUACUGCUCUCACCAGUCUUACAGUAAAGAAUUCAUAGUGUCUGAUAUAAACCUACCCUCUAUCAGUUGGAAGCCUUUCUGCCUUGUCCCUGUUAAAAAGUUCCUCUCUCAAGGAUUACAUAUCCUUGUAAAAAUUCCCUCUCCAGCUUUCUUUUAGCUCUACACCCCUUUGGGUAAUAGAGAGUGCUCUAAGGUCUCUCAAGAACCUUCUCCAGACUGAAGCCUAACCCUUUCAGCCUGUGUUCAUUAGAAAGGUUCUCCAGCCCAGUUCUGGUCAUGUUCAUUAGCGCUCCUCCAGACUCAUUCCAACAGGUCUGCAUUUUUCUUAUGUUGGCGGUCUCAGAGCUGGAUGCAGAACAGCAGGUAGGCUCUCAUGAGAGAGUAGAGGGACAGUCACUUCCCUCAACCUGCUGGCAGUGCUUCUUUUGAUGCAGGCCAGGAUGUGGGUGGAUUUCUGGGCUGCAAGGGCACGUGGCUGGCUCACAUUGAGCUUCUCAUCAGCCAGCAGGUUCUUAGGGCUGUUCUUGGUCCAUUCUACCCAGUCUGUGUUUAUGCUUGGGAUUUCCUGCCCCAACCCAGGUGCACUUGGUGUUGUUGAACUUCAUGAGGUUGGCACAGGCCCAUCUCUUGAGCCUGUCAAAAGAGUCUCCUUUUUCCUUGCAGAGAGGACUCACGUUUUCCUUAGUAUUCCUUUUAUCACUGAUGUACCUAAACAAGUUUUUCUUGUUGCCUUUGGUGUCCCUGGCCAGAUGUAAUUCUCUCAGGGCAGGUUAGCUUUCCUAACAUGGUCCCUCAUAGCUCAGACAGUCUCUAUCCCUCCCAGGCUACCCAUUCUUGCUUCCACCCUCUUCAGGCUUCCUUUCUGUGCUUCAGUUUGUCCAGGAGCUCCUUGUCCCUCUGUACUGGUAUACUGUGGCCUGUGAAGGCUGUCCCUCUCUAUCCAGCAAGGGUGACUAAAAGACUUGGGAAUCAGCUCUUGAAGUGCUACAGUGUCCUGGACAGGCAUGUUAACAUAAUAAAGAACUUAAUAACCAGCAGCUAUUGUGACCUGGUGAUGACCUAAGCUGCUCCCACAUGGUCCAUGCAUCAGUACCCCAGUUUGCACAUAGUAGCCUGAUUUAGAUGAUGCACCAGUAUGGCUACACAGUUUCCAGUUGUUUUUUAGAGUGGGAAAAGGUUACUUAUGCCAUUCUGUAUGGGGGCUAUGCCUUUCUCUCUCAUGUGAAAGAAAUACAUGUGCUUGUUUAUUCUCCCUUUUCUAGAGAAAGCUCUUUCACUGCAUUUAUAGUAUUUGCCCUUUCCUUUUGAACACUGGUCAUUUAUGUUUGUUUUCUUUUCUGCUUCCCCAGUGUUGAAUCCUACCUUUUCUACCAACUUUCCCUGACUGACUCUUAUUUCUCCAUUGAAUUCUCUUUCUAGCCUCAAAGUUAUUUUCUUGUGUUUACAGGGAGAGUAGAUAUGUAUGUAAAUGGAGUUGUCUUUGCCAUGGUAAUAUGAUCUUCAAAGGCUUGGACUGCAGUCACUUUGCUGCAUUCUUUACAUAAAAUGUUUGUCUUGGCAAGUUUCUGCCAACAGAGUGCUGCAAGGGCCCAGUCCUGUUAAUUGCCUUCUGUUCCCACUGAACUGGUGGGGUCUGUGUGCAUAAAAAAAUGGACUUUAAAAUUAGAGUUGCAUGGUCCUUAGACAGUUAUGUUCAUGUUUUACCCUUUUGUUCUUUCUUUACUGAGGUAAUCUAUCGAGGAAGAGACCAUUGGCUCUUAACUUUUCGUGACCAUUUGGUGUGUAUAAGAAUACAGGAGUUCAUGGCCGUGGAGGAGGGUAGCUAGGUUCCAGUCCAACGUGGAAUCCUGUUUGUAGGUAGUCCACAGGGAGUCCUGAGUUUGAGGCAUCGCUACCUCUUUUUGUACCUGUGUUUGUCUUUGCCAUUAAAGCUGGUCAGUGUGUGCUGUGGGCUAACAAAGCAGGAGCUGUUGUGGGCAAGGAGGCUGCACAGGCUUAGGGAGAGGUUUGCUGGGAGAGAUGAUACGUAAUGUCAAGAGCAGAACAGGAGGGGAGUACAUCAGUGCCGUGUCAUCAGCUUGCACUGCAAGCCCCACCACAGCACGAAAUUCUCAGUGAAGUGGACCUACACCUCAAAAGGGAUCUGAAAAGUGAUAAAGAAGUGAACACACAGAUUAUUCUAUUGCAGCUUUCUCUAUCCCCUCAGUCUAAAACCUUUUCUGUGUUCUGAUGCUUUCCAUGUGGAAAAUUGAAAGGAACCUCCUGCUACUGCCCUUAGCUCCUGUCCUGGUUUUCCAGUAAGAGGUCACAUAUUGGGUGUUACCCAGGCUCCCAGCCCACUGAGUGCUUGCUUAGAGCAUGACCCCUCAAACAUUACCUGGAAAAAUUGGGAGGAGGGAACAGUAGCAUGAGAUAGAUGGAUACAGAUGAUUCACAGGAUUUUUUUGUAGCUGUCAGAGCUACAGUCUUACAAAUUCAGCAGCUUUUCAUCAGAGGGUAUUGAUUGAUAUAGUCCCAAGUGGUACUCUCUAUUUGCCCUGGAAAUUGAGAGUGAAGCCAUUUAUAUCUGUUGAAGUAUAAACUGCUGUAACUGAGGGGAGUGUUCUCAAAAUCCCACUUCCCAGAAUCAGCUGGCCGCAUUUUUUUGCUCUUUGAAUGUAUAUGGAGUACUGUGAUUUAUCCAGGCCUCAAACUAGUUUAGCUGUUGUAAGGUAAAAACCAGAGCUGUACAACUAUUUAGAAGCUAUAGUGAAAUAGCACUAAAGUUGUAUCAAAAGGUGUUUUAAAAAACCCUACAAAAUAUUGUGAAGAUGCCUGCCAUGUGAAUAACUUAGCAUUUACAUUGUUGUGGAGUGUUCAGACAUAGCUCUGAAACAGUUGCUUUACUCAAGUCAAGAAUGCUGCAGCCAAUUGCAAGAAUAGAGAGAAUUUCAGCAAGGGGAGUGUGUUAAUUAUCCACACAAGAUGAUCACGUUCAGUGCUGUGUUUCAUGUGUUUUCAUAUCCGCUGAAGCAAAGCAAGAGAAGUGUUGUGCUGGGGCAAUGUGCAUGCAUGGCUUAGAGCUGAAUAGAUGUAAAUGGUUAAAAAGGGGUUCUCUGCUAGAGAGGAGGAGGGGAAAGUAAGUGUGCAUUCCCAAAAAAGUACAUUCCCAAAAUAAAAAGCUUACAUCAUGGACCUCUUCAGUUUUCCCACACUUCUUCCCUAAUUAUUGUCCUGCAGGACAGCUGAUCUAUUUCAAACAGGAAGCUGUUUACAGAUAACACUUGCAACUGUUUUGUCUGAUUUGUUGAACUGUCGAAAAGAAAAAGACAACCUCUUUUCAAAUUAAAAACUGUCAGACUUCUGUAAACAGCAGCAAUGAGGUUCAUCUGUGCAGUGUCCCUGCAGGCACAGAGCGUUGUGCAGUUCCCAUUCUCUCAGCAGCCAUAAGGAGUCAGUGACCUGUAAGUGCUCAUUAUGAAGAGAGAUCUGGUUUUCUUGGUGACUCUAAUUAGCCUUGCCUUCCUGUCACUGCUGAGAUCUGGAUAUCCUCAACACAUUGCAGAGGAGUCCUGCUCUGUUCAGAUUCUUGUUCCAGGCCUCAAAGGGGAGGCUGGAGAAAAGGGGGAGAAAGGUGCUCCAGGUCGUCCAGGCAGAGUUGGACCUCCAGGAGAAAAAGGGGAAAUGGGGGACAAAGGACAGAAAGGCAGCAUAGGACGUCAUGGAAAAAUUGGUCCUAUUGGUUCAAAAGGUGAAAAAGGAGAUAAUGGUGACAUAGGACCACCAGGUCCUAAUGGUGACCCAGGCAUCCCUUGUGAGUGCAGUCAGCUAAGGAAGGCUAUUGGUGAAAUGGAUAUUCAAGUAGCCCAGCUGACGACAGAACUAAAAUUCAUAAAAAAUGCACUGCCCUCCCCCGCAGCUGUCGCCGGCGUGCGUGAGACAGACAAUAAGAUAUAUCUGCUGGUGAAGGAGGAGAAGAGGUACAAGGAAGCCCAGCUGUACUGCCACGGACGAGGAGGGACGCUGAGCAUGCCCAAGGACGAGACUGCCAACAACCUGAUUGCCUCGUACAUCAACCAAGCUGGGCUCACCCGAGUCUUCAUUGGGAUUAACGACCUGGAGAAGGAGGGGAAUUUCGUCUACUCUGACCGCUCGCCCAUGCAGACCUUCAACAAAUGGCGCAGCGGGGAGCCCAACAACGCUUACGACGAGGAGGACUGUGUGGAGAUGGUGGCGUCUGGCGGCUGGAAUGACGUUGCCUGUCACAUUACCAUGUAUUUCGUGUGCGAAUUUGACAAAGAAAAUGUCUAAGCUGCUCUGCUCUUUCUCUAUUUUAAGAAAAAUGUUUAAGAUGAUACAACAUGGCUACUCCGUGUUUAUAGAGUACAAGUGAAAUUUUGCAAGUGUGCGGCGUCGGAGUUGUACAGCUGUAAAUACAGUCUAGGUAUUUCAAAUAUCAGAAUUUACCCUUCAGAAGGGAAGAGCAGUAAUAAGGCAUAGCUUGGCUGGCUUUUUCUUUAUUUAGGAAAAUAUAUCUGUUUAGAUAAAAAUGUGCUUUGGGGCUAAAUUUUGCCCGUACAACAGUUAACAAAUGUUAAUAUGACUGUAAGGGAAGGCAGAAUUUGGCCUCUAGUUGUUAGAAUGGUUAGAAUUAGAUUCCUGAUAUUCUUUUAUCUUAGCAAUAUUUGUAGUUAUAAAUGCUAAUAACUUGUAGUGCUACAGGGAUAUUUUUUCAACAAGACAUAUUUUGUAUACUCCAGUUAAUAAGUACAAAUAUUACUGUAGGUUUUUUGAAGGUUAAAACUUUUUUUUUUUUGGCUGGCCAAAGCAAAUCAAAAGUCAAGAUUCCUACCAGUUUUGUAAUGUUUCUUCAUUAAAUUGUUCACAGAUGUAUGACCAAAAAGCAUUUAUGUAAACUGAAUUUUAUUGCUGAGGGAGGAAAAAGUCUAGUGAAAGGUGUCCCUGCCCAUGGCAGGGGGUUGGAACUAAAUAACUUUUAAGAUCUCUUCCAACCCAAAAUAUUCUAUGAUUCCAUGAUUCUAUGCUAUGAAAAUCCUUAUAAUUUAGUACUAAGAGAGCUUCCAUCCAGGUGGUGUUUUGGGGUUGGCUAAAUGUAAAAGUAACAGUUUGAUUUUCUGCAUUCCUUAGUUGAAAAGGACUCAGUGCAUGAAGUAUUUUAGACCCUGAAUAAUUCCCUAAAGUAAAUGCUUCAUAUUUAUUUAAGAUAAUCUUGGUGGAUCUUGUUAUCAAACAAGCAAAAAUACCAGCCCUCCACAAUUUAAGUCAUACUUCAUAUAUAUGCAAUUAAGCUUGUGAAAACACAUUAGUGAUCAGUUCCUUUUAAUAAGAAAACAGCUUACAUUUUUACACAGAUUGUUAAAACAAUCCCCUGAAAAGCAGAAGAGUUUCUGAAAUUUUCCUGUGUAUAUAGCCGUAAUAAAUAACCUUGCACAAAUAAUUUAUGUACCAAAUUUACAAUUGCAUGUGAUGGAAAAAGGGAUGUAUAUUAAAAAAAACCCAAAAAAACCCCAAAAAACUCCAGCAUAAUUUCACAAAAGAAAUUAUGAAUUUCUUUAAAUCUUCCCAGGAGCCAGUUGCAUGGCACCUCAUCUUACUGUUAGGCAUAGAAAAAUUGAAAAAAAUUUGCAAAAUAUCUGUGUUUCUUUAGGAAUACCUUGCACAGUGUUUUCAGAUGAUUUUUAAGGAUAAAUGAUCCUUGCAUGACAUUCUGUUCAUAUGCAUAUCUGAUCAUUAUGGCAGAUCGGCAUUUAAGAUAUCCACAGUGGAUACGGCAUGUGGUCCCAGAGAUUUCCUCAUAGCAAGGAAACCAAAUCAUAUCAACUCUGCUGUGCUGCAGCACGUAAACCAUCAAUGGCCAUACAAUGCUGUUCAUAUCCACAGACACUGACAUUAUUUGAUUUAGGUACCUAAGAGAACAAGCUGUUUUGUUUGAUAUAUUUACUCUGUAAAUCUCAUUCCUUUAUAUAUAUAUGUUUGCUAUUAAUUUUGGAGAUCACUAGCAGUACUACAGUAUCCUAUAGUAUUCGAUUAUCAGCCCAGCUCCAGAAAAAUAACUCAAAAUGAAUGGGUUCUUUGAUUGCUUUAUUUUCUUUUAAUAAAGAUAGAUAUGAUA